AGAGAGAGAGAGAGAGAGAGAGGAGGUGGGGGGAGCUCGGUGACUCUACAGCCGCGCUGCUGCGCUCACCACACGGCCCCAGCAGCAGCUUGUGUGGACGGCUCUGAGCUCCGGGAUGUCGGCCGUGAAGGCGCUGCAGCAGUGGUGCCGGAUCCAGUGUGAGGGCUACCGGGAUGUGUCCAUCACCAACAUGACCACGUCCUUCAGGGACGGUCUGGCUUUCUGCGCCCUCAUCCACAAACACAGACCAGAUAUCAUCAAUUUUGAUUCACUGAAGAAGGAAAAUGUCUACGAUAACAACAAACUGGCGUUCAAAGUUGCGGAGGAGGAGUUGGGGAUUCCAGCGCUGUUGGAUGCAGAAGACAUGGUGGCCCUUAAGGUUCCCGACCGCCUCAGCAUCCUGACAUACGUCUCGCAGUAUUACAACUACUUCCAUGGACGCUCCCCGAUUGGUGGUAUGGGAGGUAUAAAGCGUCCAGCUGACGGCCCCACAGAUGGACCGUCCGGGAAGAAGAACCAGCCGGUGGUGGCUAAGGUGUUCCCCUCAUCUAAGCCUGCCAGAGAGAACAGCCCGCCUCCCUCCUCCAACAUCACGAGGCCGUCUCCUUCCCCCAAACAGACCAGAAACGCCACGCAGGACGCUGUGAUUGAGAAAUCCCAUCAGACGGGCACACUGAGUAACAAAUGUGUGUCCUGCAACAAGCACGUUCACUUGGUGCAGCGACAUCUAGUGGACGGGAAGCUGUAUCACAGGAACUGUGCAAAGUUACUAUCACCUACAAACACACUAGUGCCUUUCAGAGAUUUACCCACAAACACCCCUGUUUCCAAAUUCACUCCUCUACCAGACUCCACUAAAACCAGCACAGCUACUCCGACCCAGCCAUCCUACAGACCGGGACCAAAAUGGCUGACGGACAAACACAGCACUCCUCCCAGCUUCUCCACAGUUUAUUCUCCUUCGUCUUAUUCCCGCCCCGCUUCAAGCGUCUCCUCCACUGCUAAAGAGAGUCAGCCGGCCUCUGUCUUCAAACCCGCAGCGUCACGGACUACUUCUGAAUCUACCUUCACUACCACCACCUCCGUCAUCAACACCAGGCCCGUCGCUGCCCCUCGCAGCUCCGUCACAGCGGCCAAGACGCAGCAGUCCAAGCUCAAGUUCUUCCAGUCAGACAGCAACACUAACAAUGAAGAGAAAAAGACCGCGUCCCUCAGUGUGGAUGUAAAUAAAGGGCCGUAUGUGAGUGGUAAGGUCCAGGAGGCCACAGCAGGUCAGGCUGUGACCGUGGUCGUAAAUGUUGGCGGUGCUGGUAGAAAGGACACAAAUGUGAACUUGGGUAAAGGUGAAGGUGGAAAGGUGAGUUUGAAACCGCAAGACGGCGAGAGUAACAAGGCGAAAGCAUCAGCAGCAGCUUUCAUCUCCAAGACACUGGCUGAGGAGAACAACAACAACAGCAGCAGUAAGCCAUCGUGGGCGACCGCAGAGGCGAAGAAAACUGACAAACCCCCUGUGGUCGAGACUCCUAAGAGGGAGCCAGAGAGAGUCAGAGGGAGGCUGAAGCUGAAAGCAGACCCGUCACUCCUCGCCGACCUGCAGCCUCCGGACGCCCCGACCUCUGCUCUGAACCCGGCCAACAGGAGCGGGCUCAGAGCCAGAACUCCCGACAGAGGAGGCCCGAAGCCUGGCAGCGCAUCGCCCAACAACACCUCAGCGUCAGAAAACGAGUCUCCUGCAGACUGGAGGUCCAGGCUCAAACCUGUCGGCAAAGACACAAAAGCGGCUCCACAGUCGCCUAAACCUUGGGCUAACGGAGCUGAAAAGUCCCAAACUUCAGAGCCUCCCGUGGGCCCCUCCUCGUCCUCCUCUUCUGUUCCCAGCCCGAGCAUCUCAGUCACUCCAGCACCAUCCGAGGGAUUUCUGAAUGGUCAGAGAGAACAAUCUGCAAAUGGCACCAAGUUGGAGUCAAAGACUUCAAAGACAAAACAAGACUACAUUCCCAAAGAUGAAAUCAUUAAGGAGCUUCAGGACAUUGAAAAUAAUUUGAACGAGUUGGAGAAGAGAGGAGUCGAGCUGGAGGUGCGGCUCCGCAGCAGCGAGGAAGAGGGAGAAGAUGACUCUCUCAUGGAUGAGCUCAUGGUCGAGUGGUUCAACCUGAUCAGGAACAAGCAGGUGGCCAUGCGCCGGGAGUCUGAACUGGUCUACAUAGGAAGAACCCAGGACCUGGAGGAACAGCAGCCCAGCGUGGAGCAGGAGCUCAGGAGACUGAUGGAUAAACCAGAUCAUCUGAAAACAACCAGGGACCGAAAGAGAGAGCAGGAGCUGAUGGACAAACUGGUGGAGAUCGUCAACGACAGAAACGCAAUCGUAGAAGGUCUGGACGAGGACAGACUCAGAGAGGAAGAGGAGGACGAGCAGCUGAACAAGAUGAUGAUGAAUUUCAACAUAAAGAAGGACAAACCAAAGAAGAAGUCUCCGGUGGCCAGACUGUUCAGCUGGGGGAACAAGAAGGAGGGAUGAUGCUCCGGAGUUUUCUUCCUUUGAUGUCUCUGCUGCUCCUGUUGUAGUCUUAACGUCAGCGUGCUCAGCCUGUGAUUCAUGGGAUACAGUGGAUAAAUGGACAGUCAGUCCGUCAUGUUCAGUGCUUUUGGGAAAAACGCCCUUCCCUCUGUCGACUGCAUCACUCAAGAUCUGACAUUAACACACACACACACACACACACACACACACCGAUGAUGUUGAGGGGUUAAUGACUCACCAGCCGUGAUGUGAUUGGGUUCAGUGCUCCAGUUGUUAGUUUUAAUCCCCCUCUAGUCUUAAUCUGUCUACUUAACGCUCACACACACACACACACACACACACACACACACACACACACACACACACACACACACACACACACACACACACACACACACACACGCUGUCUGUGAAUAUCUCCUUGCUUGUUCUGCUUAUUGAAAUGUUGUGCGUUUACAGUAACACUGAUGCUAAUGGAAGUUAAUACGGAACAAGACGCAUCACAAAGGUCAGACAGGCGUCUCAUGCUGCCUGGUCACGGUUUAGGCCUCGCUACAAGUCGCCGUUGACUCUGUGACUAACUCCAGGGUCGCGCUCUGACCCUGCUGUUGUCGCACAUGUUGAACUGCGUUUCUCUUUUAACCACAAAUGUCUUCCUCUGUGUGUUUUUCUGUUCAGGGCAAACGCGACACAGACAUUUUUCUUGGAAAAUAUCAAGUUUGUUUAGAGCGCUGCGCUUUGAGAAAGCUCUUUUUAAACCGACUCUAUAUUAUGUAAUGAUAUUUACGAGACUAGUGGCGUCCAACCCGGUGGUCGAGAUCCUCUCAAGAGGUUGUGUAAUGGUUAAACAGGAAAUACCUCCUCUCCUCCCGCUCAGCCUUUUUUUUUUUUUUUUUAAUCUCCUCAAUUAUUAUAUAAUUUUACCUCUUCAUGCCUCUAAAAGUUAUGAGAUAAAAGACUCUGAGAAGGAAAAAUCAUUCUGUGGUUGAAUUAGUCUGAGGCUGCGGUUUAAUGCGACCAUGUUGACAUGGCUUCGUUUUAAGCGAUUACCACUGAUCUAGGAACCGUGAUACGCGCAUAGACGUCCAGUCUUGACCUUUGGAAACAAUAGAUAUUAGAGACUCUAAGCUCAAAGGUACUUAUUAAUCUUCCAGAGCUUUCGCCAGUAUUUCACAGUCUUCAUUCAGUCUGGGAUCCUUCAGAAAUGGAGUGAAAUGGAAAUUAGUUGAAAGCUCUAAAUCAUUAGUAAGUGCACCUUUGAGCCUUUCUUCAUCAUAUAUACAUGUAUACACUGAUACUUGUGUAAAAAACAUUUUUAUAAACUCUUCAACAUAUUACACUUGAUAAAGACUUAAUACACAUUUGAUGCUGAAACAUAAGAAAGAUGAUGCUUUUUUUUGUUUGGCUGUUUAACUUUGCUCUAUAAUGGUGUUAUACUUGAAUGUGUAGGGGAAGUUUUUAGUUUUCAAUGUUGGACCGGAGGAAAACGCAGGAGUCUGUUCUUGCGUCAUGUGACACACAGGUUUAACUUCUCUGACUGGAUGUUUGUGAGUCUUGGAAAUGAGAGAACUUGUCCAUAUUGGAUCUGGAUUUGUACAUGUUUUGCAUAUUUCUCAGCUGAAUUAACCGUUUAAUGUUCCUGUGUUGUGAUAUUAUGUGUCAUUUUUGCAGAAGCACUGAAGCAUUUUAUUUUUUAUUUUUUUGUGUUGUGACCAAACCACUCACUUUUAAGAGAACUAGUUUGGACUAUAUGAAAUGAAAUAUUGUUUAUAUGUUAAUGUUAUUGACUCUCAGCUGUGUAUAUUGUAUAAAGUUGGUAUUCACAAUAGUCUGAUUAUUAAAUGGAGAAACUUGCCUGGAUUUGAAAUAAAUUGCAGUAAUAAAUGUACGACAUCA